AAAUAGAUGAUAUUAAAUUAGUGAAGGAGUAAUCCCGUGUAUCACUGAACUAGAUAACCCAAGGUUAUUAAAUAUUUGUCAUGCGGCAUUUCUUUUCGUGUCAACAGUUAUCAUCAGUUAUCACAUUGCGUUCUCCUGGGCUUCUUCGCUUUGUUAAUGAAUCGCUUCUAUCUUGCACUGGUCUUGUAUUCCAUCUGCGCCAUUCUCAUAUUAUUAUCAUUCUCAUUUCUUACUUCCUGUGUUUUCAUGGGUCCUGUGCUUGUUYUAAUUUCUCAUUAGUUUAUUCACUGUUGCAUUUUAUCAAAAGACCUAUUUUAGAGUUUCAUGUUAAUUGGGAGAAAGUCGUGUUCGCGCCCGAGAUGUUUUGUUCCGCUCAAUAUUGACGUUAAACUAGAAGAGUAAUUCAAACUAAUUUGUCACUCGUUUAAAGGCGGAAAAUCCUAAUAUUUUUAAAUGACAGAAAAAGUAUUAAGUUAUUUCUGUUUAAACAGACUUCUGACGUUUGUAAUUCCCAACUAAUAACAAGAAUAAAAUUCAGUCUGCUUUAUAAAUCAAUGGAAACAAGAGAAAUUAGGAGCUUUUUUCAUUUUCGUUGAKGGAAAAGUAAAAGAAUAGAAUGAAAAGAUCGAAGAAAAGUGGUUUUACUUUGUUGCGCAGUUGUUCAUGCUGUUUCAUAUGUUGAAUUCUCAACAGUAGUUGGUGCGCUGGGACAUGCACCGGGUCUCGACGUGAGAGCAUCCAGUUCGAAUUCCAUUUUGCGUAAUUAGUCUGUCUGAGUCAUUGGCCCGUGUGAAAUCUUUUUCAAGUAUACUAUAUAAGUAGCGGUAGUCGUCAUCGACAGUUAGUUGUUGAAUGCUUUCAAAUGGCGUCGAUGAAAAUUUAUCGAGUUACAAAACAGUUAAUCCUUCUUGGAGCCGUUUUAUUAGUACGUUCUGUGGAUGGCAGUUCUAACUUCAGUCGCGCUGCCGCCAUCUCGAGCGGGUYUUCUUAUGAUGCCAGGACAUCAUCAAAAAAAUGUUCUUCCGUAUAUUCAUGUCAGGGCCGAUGUAGUACGAAAACAGAGUGGGAUACUGGUAAAGAAGAGCGGUCUAUUGCACCMCAUUGCCACUGUGAUCCAGCCUGCAACAAAUACCAAGACUGUUGCGCAGAUUAUAGAAAGGCCUGUGGGAAUCAAUCAUUACCUUCACWGUCCAGUGAUGACCCUGUAUUUGUUUGUCGUCUUUUGAAUAUUGCCGAACCAUCAAUGUGGAUGGUAGAGAGCUGCCCAUCCUCCUACAAGAACAAGGAAAUAAGAGAUAAAUGCCUAUCAAAUGAAAGCUUAAGAGCUGACCGGUUAGGAGAGAUGAUUCCAGUACAACAUUUAGAUAAAAGCGGACUCAUAUUUAAGAACAAGUUUUGUGCAAUGUGCCAUGGGGCUAACACUGAUUUUGGACUUUUCCCUAGCCAAAUUCGAAUCAGAUGCAACAUCUUGCCGCCCAAAGAUAGCAAUUCUACGCUCGACCUGGAAUACAUAUUGAAGUACUGCGGGAACAUAGAUUUCGAAAUCGAUAAAAGUUAUCAAAGAAGGUUUUGUUUCCCAACAAAAAACAAAUGUCCUUCUGGUGCUUCGAAGGAAGAUGAAGAAGGAUGUGAGAGCGGUCCUACUGCUGUUGUUUUCAGCUCAGAAGCAGACCGAAACUAUCGAAAUGUCCACUGUAUGGCUUGCCACGGUCUCAACCCUAAUGACGCUAUGUGUGGACCACGGUCAACCCCCAAAGAUGUUUUUACCCCAAAGUCCUUUGAGGUYGUUAUGAAUUUCAAGCACGACGAUGCGGGAAAAGCUCAAUUGACCAAGCCAAAAAACCUUAUUAAAUGUUUGAAGGGYGAGGCUUUUGACAAACAUUUAGAGAUCUGUCGCCCCGCCAUGCAGCCUGGACCAACCAAGUCAAUUAAAGACAAAUAUCGUGUUAUGAUGUGGUUAUUUCCAGUGAAUGGUCAACAACCCCAAAACAUUUCUCACACAGACUUCGUUGACACGUUAASCACAGAAUUCGUUGGGCUAUUGCCAAGUCAAGUUGAGGUGUCGAGUAUCAAGAUAGAGGAUCGGACUAUCCGUGCUGUAUUCGACCUUCAUGCGCGUUACACAAACAACAGCAAAGAGAACAGCAACAGUUCAAAGGGAAUGCAGCUCGAUGCAUURAUCAAUUUUAAAAACCAGUUUAAAAUGGAAGUAGCUCAACGUCUGUGGCUUGUUUUAAAGGUCACUACCAGAAGGUUAUCUUGUGUACAGCGUSAGGUCUAUCCAUCGGGUACAUACAGAAUUAUUCCUCACAAUGAAAGGAUAAUUGUCAAUUCCACUAAUGGAACACAAGUUUCUUACUCAGUUAAGCAGUACUACCUGGUUGGAGUAAAAGAAGCAAAGAAUUUAACAUUUGCAAACGCUACUGCGAUCGUAUGCAGGUCUUAUUUUGGAUUCCAGUGUGACAAAGUGAUGUUAGCAGUUAAGGAAGAUGAGUAUGUCAUGUUUAAAAACAAGACCCUGUUGUUCAAGCCUACUGGUCAACAGUAUGCAGAAGGAGAGUAUGAUAUGGUCAAGAAUACUCCUUGGAUUUGUACAAAUUAUUCAGUAACAUUUACAACAAACAACACGAGCUCAAAAACGAAUGAAACGUUAAUUAAAAGCAAGCUGCUUCCAGUAAGCAUUCACACAAAUAUCCGUCGUUACAUGACGAUUGUUGGUUUCACCAUUUCCAUAUUGUGUCUAUUCCUGGUCCUGUUGGCUCACGGGAUACUACGCGAUCUUCGUGAACCGCUGCCCGGUAAAAACCUGAUCAGCCUGUCAGUUUCUCUCUUUCUUGCGCAAUUUUGGUAUUUGCUUGGUUCAGGCGAUACAGACAAGCCACUCUUCUGUCACAUCACUGCGUGUAUCCUACACUACUUGUUUCUUGCCUCCUUUGGAUGUACGUUUAUYGUGGCUUAUGAUACAAGGCGUACAUUCUCCGCCACGACAGCCAAAGCCCACGCAUUAGGAUCGUCCCAUCAAUCCAGRCGUCUUGCUAUCUACCUCCUUAUUUCUUGGGGACUUCCUUUAGUYGUGGUUGGAACGUGCRCGCUACUYGAUUGGCUAGAUGUGGUUACUAUUGGUUACCGGAAUGAAAAUGCCUGCUGGAUUGGAAAUGAGACUGCCCURUUGAUUGUUUUCGCUGCUCCUAUUGGGUCAGUCUUGGUGUAUAACGUGUUGGCGUUUACACAGACCAUCUACGCAAUUAACAGUGCAAGAAAACAAACACAGCAAGUAAAGUCGUCGCACUACGCACGCCCAGCAACAGUCAAAAUCUACAUUCGACUCAUUUCCCUCAUGGGGUUUUCCUGGUUUUUCGGGAUAAGUGCUCCUCUCAUCCACCAUGGUCUGAUGUAUCCAUUCGUAUUCUUCACCACACUUCAAGGGCUGUAUAUCUUUCUUGCAUUUAUUUGUAAARCGCGAGUCUUGCGCAUGUUAAAAGCAAAGCUACCGCUGAAUAAAGGAAAGCGUAGUCGCCGUCCAACUAAAGGAGCAACCACGACUACCAGUUCGCUUACGUCUGCGCCCUACAGCAAAUACCCUCGCCCCAGUGAUGAAACUCAAAUAUAAAACACUAUCUUAUCGUCCUCUUUGGGAUUCCUGUUUGACAGGAAGUUGUUGGACAAUCAAUACAUUGUUUAUCAAAUAGUAUAGUAAUAACGAGAAGACUUUAGAUCGAGCGCUUUGCAUGAGAAACCGUAUAGACUUUAAUACAGCAUUUACAACAUGCCGUAUCACCAAAAUGGUUUCUAUUUUCCAAUCACAACACGUAGUAACGGCUACGGUAAGAUACGGUACACUAUGAACUUAUCGUUUCUCACUCAUACAAAAACCGCGCUAUUCGUCGCUGUAAAUAAUAAUCGAUCCACACUACAAAAAAAAUAACAAAAAGAGUCGCUCAUCAAAAAUUAAGAGGUAGUUGUGAUUAGGUUAGUGAGAAAGUGUACUUUUAAUAGGCAUGUCUUUCGUAUAGUCCAUACACACGAGGCUUUAUUAGAAAGGGAUAUAACCUCUUCUCUUGUAAUCCGCGCCGUAUUUAAUGAAUAGUAGUCUUGUAGAUAAAGGCGCUGUUUAAAAAGGAGAUUAAAAAGAURAGAAAGGGGAAGGAAUGAUUAUUUUUUAUGCUUGUGUUUCAGUUGAUCUGUCUUGAUUGCUUUCUCCUCUCCACAUAAAAGCGCUGGAAGUGAUUUGAACUUGAUGAACAAAACAAGAUGAUGAAAUCGUGUUCAGAUUUCUAGCCACGCUAUUUAACAUCUGAAUGCGAUAAAUCAUUAAAACGAUAAUUAAGAAUU